ACUAAGGAAGUUGCCCUCAGUGGCCCUGGGGUGACCACAAUACACAGGACUUCCAGCUUGACUCCCUUGCUGCUCAUGGGAAUGCUGACCACAGGCCUGGCCCAGUCACCAGUCCCCACCUCGGUUUCUCGGGGCUUUUGGACUCUGUCUGAAAACCUGACUGCAGUGGAAGGGGCCACAGUUAAGCUGCGGUGUGGGGUCAGAGCCCCUGGCAGUGUGGUGCAGUGGGCUAAGGAUGGGUUACUUCUGGGUCCAAACCCCAGGAUCCCAGGCUUCCCAAGGUACAGCCUGGAAGGAGAUCCUGCUAAAGGUGAAUUCCACCUGCGAAUCGAAACCUGUGAUCUCAGUGACGAUGCACUGUACGAAUGCCAAGUCGGCCGCUCAGAGAUGGGUCCCGAACUCGUGUCUCCCAAAGUAAUCCUCUCCAUCCUAGUUCCCCCUAAGGUGCUCCAGCUGACCCCCGAGGCAGGAAGCACAGUUACCUGGGUGGCUGGGCAGGAGUAUGUGGUCACCUGUGUGUCUGGAGAUGCCAAACCAGCACCGGACAUCACCUUCAUCCAGACUUUCUCAUUGUCCCAAGGUGGACACACAGUACUGGACGUCUCCUAUAAUGUGAACGAUGGAUCUGAGGAGAAGCUCUACAUCACAGAAGCUGAAGCCAGGGUGACACCCCAGAGCUCAGAUAAUGGGCAGUUACUAUUCUGUGAGGGGUCCAGCCCAGCUUUGGACGUUCCCAUCAAGGCUUCAUUCACUAUGAAUAUUCUGUUCCCCCCAGGACCUCCUGUCAUUGACUGGCCAGGCUUGGAUGAGGGGCACGUACGGGCAGGGCAGAACCUGGAGCUGCCCUGCAUGGCCCGAGGUGGAAAUCCACCUGCUACCCUGCAGUGGCUGAAGAAUGAUAAACCAGUGUCCAUAGCUUGGGGCACAGAGCAUGCUCAGGCAGUGGCCCGCAGUGUGUUGGUGAUGGCUGUGCGACCGGAAGACCAUGGAGCCCGGCUCAGCUGUCUGUCCUACAACAGCGUAUCUACAGGGACCCAGGAGCGAAGCAUCACACUGCAGGUCACCUUUCCCCCCAGUGCCGUCACCAUCCUGGGAUCGGCAUCCCAGUCUGAGAACAAGAACGUGACCCUUUGCUGCCUUACGAAGUCCAGUCGCCCCCGGGUCCUACUGCGAUGGUGGCUGGGUGGGAGACAGCUGCUGCCCACGGAUGAGACAGUCAUGGAUGGCCUGCAUGGUGGCCACAUCUCUAUGUCCAAUCUGACACUCUUGGUGCGGAGGGAAGACAAUGGCUUGUCCCUCACCUGUGAGGCCUUCAGCGAUGCCUUCAGCAAGGAGACCUUCAAGAAAUCACUCAUCUUGAAUGUGAAAUACCCUGCCCAGAAGCUGUGGAUUGAGGGACCCCAAGAGGGGCAGUACAUUCGUACUGGGACUCGGGUGAGGCUGGUGUGUUUGGCCAUCGGAGGCAAUCCAGACCCCUCCCUCACCUGGUUUAAGGACUCACGCACGGUGAGCGAGCCUCGGCAGCCCCAGGAGCCCCGGCGUGUACAGUUGGGCAGUCUGGAGAAGUCGGGCAGCACUUUCUCCCGCGAACUGGUGCUGGUCGUAGGACCGUCGGACAACCGAGCGAAGUUCUCAUGCAAGGCGGGUCAGCUCAGUGCUUCCAGGCAGCUGGAGGUGCAGUUCCCCCCAACCAACCUGACCAUCCUGGCCAAUUCUUCGGCGCUGCGCCCAGGUGAUUCCUUGAACUUGACCUGCGUCAGCAUCAGCAGCAAUCCCCCAGUUAACUUGUCUUGGGACAAGGAGGGAGAGAGGUUGGAAGACGUGGCUGCCCCGCCCCAGAGCGCUCCGUUCAAAGGUUCCGCUGCAUCCAGGAGUGUUUUCCUUCGGGUGUCAUCCCGAGACCACGGUCACCGGGUGACCUGCCGAGCCCACAGCGCUGCGCUUCGUGAAACCGUGAGCUCCUUCUACAGCCUCAACGUGCUGUACCCUCCAGAGUUCCUGGGGGAGCAAGUGCUGGUAGUGACCGUGGAGGAGCAGGGCCAGGCGCUGCUGCCUGUGUCGGUGUCUGCUAACCCGGCCCCGGAGGCCUUCAACUGGACCUUCCGAGGCUACCGCCUCAGCCCAGCUGGCGGCCCCCGGCAUCGCAUCCUGUCCAGCGGAGCUCUACAGCUGUGGAAUGUGACCCGAGCUGACGGUGGCGUCUAUCAGCUACACUGCCAGAAUUCUGAGGGCACUGCCGAGGCACUGUUGAAGCUGGACGUGCAUUAUGCUCCCACCAUCCGUGCCCUCCGGGACCCGACCGAGGUGAAUGUCGGGGGUUCUGUGGACAUAGUCUGUACUGUGGAUGCCAACCCCGUCCUCCCAAAGAUGUUCAGCUGGGAGAGACUGGGGGAAGAUGAGGAAGAUCUGAGCCUGGAUGAUAUGGAGAUGGUGUCAAAGGGAUCCACUGGGCGUCUGCGGAUUCAUCAGGCCAGACUGUCACAGGCUGGUGCUUACCAGUGCAUUGUGGACAAUGGGGUGGCACCGGCGGCAAGAGGGCUGGUCCGUCUUGUUGUCAGAUUUGCCCCCCAGGUGGAUCAUCCAACACCCCUGACGAAAGUGGCUGCAGCUGGGGACAGCACCAGCUCAGCGACCCUCCACUGCCGGGCCCGAGGUGUCCCCAACAUCGACUUCACUUGGGCCAAAAAUGGGGUCCCUCUGGAUCUCCAAGAUCCCAGGUACACAGAGCACAGGUACCACCAGGGUGUUGUCCACAGCAGCCUCCUGACCAUUGCUAACGUGUCCGCAGCCCAGGACUAUGCCCUCUUCACUUGCACGGCCACCAACGACCUCGGUUCGGACCACACCAACAUCCAGCUCGUCAGCAUCAGCCGCCCUGACCCUCCUUGGGGACUGAAAGUGGUGAGCACAACCCCUCACUCAGUAGGUUUGGAGUGGAAGCCUGGCUUUGAUGGGGGUCUGCCUCAGCGGUUCCAGAUCAGGUAUGAGGCCCUCGAGACUCCAGGAUUCCUCUACAUGGAUGUCCUGCCACCCCAGGCCACCACCUUCACGCUGACUGGACUGAAGCCUUCUACGCGGUACAGGAUCUGGCUGUUGGCCAGCAAUGCCCUUGGGGACAGUGGAUUGACUGACAAAGGGAUCCAGGUCUCCGUCACUACCCCAGGCCUGGACCAGGCUCCUGAAGACACAGACCACCAGCUGCCCACAGAGCAGCCUCCAGGACCCCUGACGCUGCCCCUGCUGCCCGUGCUGUUUGCGGCUGGUGGUCUUCUCCUGCUGUCCGCCGCCUCCUGUAUUGGGGGACUCCUCUGGCGGCGGAGAUCGAGGCGCCUUGCUGAGGAGAUCUCAGAGAAGACAGAGGCAGGGUCGGAGGAAGAUCGAAUUAGGAAUGAGUAUGAGGAGAGUCAGUGGACUGGCGACCGGGACACAAGAAGCUCCAUGGUUAGCACAGAAGUGGAACCACAUUACCACUACAUGAGGGACUUCAACCCCCAGCUUCCCUCCACACUGGAAGAGGUGUCUUAUCACCCAGCCUUCACAGGUAUUGAAGAUGAAGACAUAGCUUUCCCUGGACACCUCUACGAUGAGGUGGAGAGAGCCUAUGGCCCGCCUGGGGUCUGGGGACCCCUCUAUGAUGAAGUCCAAAUGGAUCCCUAUGACCUUCCCUGGCCUGAUGUCAAGUAUGAAGAUCCAAGGGGAAUCUAUGACCAGGUGGCAGCAGACUUGAGUGCCAUGGAGCCUGAUUCUCUACCCUUUGAGCUGAGGGGACAUCUGGUCUGAGAAUCUUCAUGACACCUAUUUCCUGCAGACAUGGAGAAGACAUGAGGGAAUGUGUGAGCGACAAGAAGACUCAAGUUGACAUCUGGCAUAAGCAAGGCUCCUUUUAUAGGAAUGAAACUUCUCCAAAGGGAUAGAGCCCCUUGGAAACGACAUCUGAACAAUGAGAAGCCAUUUUAAGAAUCAUUAUGCUUUUCAAAAGUAAAACUUUGAGAAGUAGGGAAGACCUAUUGAAAUCCCAUUCAGAGCCUGAGGACAUGCUCAGUGGGUGAGCGUAUGCAUUAGCAUGUGUGAGGUCUGGGCUACAGGCUGCAGCCAGCCCUGGCACUACAUAUACAUGAAAAACUGGGCAUAGUGCCCACCCCUGUCAUUCCAGCUCUUCAGGAGGCCAAGAAAGGAGAAGCACAAGUUCAGAGUCAGCUUGGGCCACUAAAAGCACAGGGGCUGAAAAGAUGGGUCAGGGGUUAAGAGCUCUACCAGCAGCUACUGCUCUUGACGCAGAACCUGAGUUUGGCUCCCAGCACCCACAUCAGGUGACUCACAAUCACAUGGAGCUCCAGUUCUAGAGAAUCUGAUGUUUUCUUCUGACCUCCAUUGGCAAAAGCACUCAUGUGUAUAUACCAACACAUAGAUACAUACAUAUGCACACAAUUAGAAAUAAAAUAAAUCCAACAGAAAUUGUAUUAAUUAAAUUACUGCCUAGCCCAUUA